AUGCCUCCUCCUGCACAACUGAUUCAGCGGUUCAGUCGGUUCUAUCCUAAACCCAAGAUUGAUCCGGUGGGAACGGGGCUCCCUUUGAACGUUGGGGAAAUGGAAGACGGUCGCCUCACAGGCCCUCCUGUUCUUGUUCAAAUUACCUCUCUGACAGAGAUAGGCCAUAGCGCCUUCACCCUUCAAAACAUCAGACAGACUCGUAUAGACCGAGCCGACCUCGCGGGCCUUGGAGGAGACGAUGCAGAAGAUGAGGGGCCCGUUCCGAGGUACCCACGGUCUAUGCUGCGAUUACAGCUCAGCGACGGCUUUACUACCAUAAACGCCAUUGAAUUUCGCAAUUUGCCUGACUUAAUUCUCGGAGAAACGCCUCUAGGUUACAAGCUUAUGCUUAAAAAUGCGUUCGUCAGGCGCGGUAUUGUGUUUCUAGAGCCCAAAUAUGUCAUACUCAAGGGGCACCAAGCAGAGGAUCUUGAAGCUCACCAGGACCGUGAUUUGGUGAGGGGCCUUCGCUCGCGCAUGGGUCUCGAGGAUCUUCCCGAACCCGACGAGCAACCGCCGGAUGAAGUUGUUGAAAUAGCUCCAGUGAAUGCUACCAACCCAGUCUUGGCGCCGCCUCCUGCUCUAACAGCUCCCGCACCCCCUCGUGCACCUACACAAACGCCACCAAACCCAGAACCACGCUCCCCGCUUCGUGAACUCACCAGAUCCCCUUCUCCAACGCUGAUACCAUCCCACCAUGGCGAUGAGCCAGGAUCUCGUCGCCGCCGCAUCCCCAGCCAACCAAACAACGCGUCUGCGUCCACCAGCACUUCGACCGCUGUUCAAUCCUCCUAUUUCGGCAGCACGUCUAACGCAGCCUCCUCAUCUUCUGUCGCACGCGCAGUCAACCAACUUUCCAUAACAAGGGCACUAUCACAAACGCGUACUAUAUCAUUGUACUCUAUUGGAGACACUGAUGAUGACAUAUCACAUCCUCCGCGCGGCAGCGCUGCAUCGACUAGGUCGGGACCAAAGCCACUGAUCCGGUCCGAUGGAAGCACUGUAUAUGAAUUCGGGGAUGAUCCUAUGAACGAGGAGAUAUUCCUAUUCAUGGAUCAGAUAGAGAAGGAAUAUCAGUCCCAGUCCCAAUCGGCGAGCGCCGCAAACACGCAAGUGCAACCCUCGAAUGCGCUGUCCGCUUCACAUGCUCAUAGGUUGCCGCCUGCAAUCAGUGGAGAUGUCAUCACAAUAGAGGACGACGAGGAAGACGAUAAAGAGAAUGUUCCUGUACUGACGCGCCGCGUGCGACGACGCAUCGAAUACAUCGACACAGAUGUGGUCGAUAUUUCGGAUUAG